AUGAACGCUAAUAUAUGGGUGGCUGCUUCAGAUGGUAAUUUGGACCGAGUGGAACAUAUCCUCCGCGAGAGUAAAGGCGCCAUGACCCCGCAAUCCAAGGACAUUAACGGCUACACUCCAAUGCAUGCUGCCGCCGCAUACGGCCACCUGGAUUUGCUGAAGAAAAUGUGCAAUGAGUACAAUGGAGACAUUAAUGUGUUGGACAACGACGGCGAUACCCCGUUGCACCAUGUGGAGGAUGUGGCCACUGCCAGGUUGAUCGUGGAAGAGCUGGGUGGAGACUUCACUAUCAGGAAUGUGGAGGGCCAAACGCCAUACGACUCGUUCGUCGAGAACGGUGAAGAUGGUGAGCUAAUCGAGUACAUGAGGAUUAAGUCCGGCGUGGCCGAUGUUCACGGAGUGGACGGCGUGCAGGGUGAGGGUGUCAUCGACAGCAAAUUGCUGGAAGAGUUCAAGGACAACGUGAGAUACACCUUGGAAAAUGACCCUGAGGAAGGAGCCGAUGAGGCCACUCUGCAACGCAGGAGGCAGUUGGAACAGAUCAUUACGGGAGACAACGCUGAGGAGGAGUUGGAAAGGUACAUCCGUGCUAUGGUCAGAGAGCAGAUGCUGGGCCAGGGCUCCAUGGCGGGUUCCGGGGACGAACCAGAUUCCAAGAGAAGAAAAUAA